UCGGAACGUCUGAUGUUUUGAACUCGGCUCGAGCCUUUACGUGAACGCGCUGCCCUCGCGCCGCCGCUGCGCUGCCAUAUUCCCUAUUUAACGUCCAGUAUAACAACCGUCCGUGACGUCGGCAAGCGGAGCGGCUCUCAUGGAUAACAGGGUGUUGAGGUUCGGACACUGCGGGAGAAACAUUUACACCUUUAACGACCUGGACCCGGAACCGGACCAACCCGCGAGCUCACAGGUGAGAGAGCCCCCCGCCAGGUGUCCGGUCUGCCACGAGCCCGUGAGCUUUGGACUUGUUGACGCCCCGGUCCUGGUUCUACCCCCCUUCAGCAAUGGACACGACGCCACCUGCGCCUUCGUCGUCGCCUGCCAGCUUGGACCAGCCUUCAUCAGUGAACAGAGCAACACCGAGCUUCAUGUCGGCAUCACCAACUCCACAGGUGACUUGCUGGGUGUAGUGUUCAGCUAUACAGAGUUGGGGGUUCAGAGUCAAACUCAUGGCUGGGAGCAGUGUCUCACAGUACCUCUGGUCGCCCCUGACAACUGCAGCUCCAGUCUGAUUGCCACUAGCAACAACACAGCUCUUCAGGAGCCCCCUGGCAACACCAGUGUGAGCUUCAGGAAGUACUGGGACAGCCAACUGGAAAUGUUUGCUUCUUUGAACACAUGGACGCCAGACAGCUUCCUGGUGGAGAGGGAGUUUGGCUCCUGUUGCUACGGUUUUGCUCUGGGUUUCAUCAACCAUCUGAGGAGAUUAGAGGGCCAGGAGCCUGUUUGCCCAGACGCCUUUACCCUCCGACACAUCCUGCCCAGGAUGGCAGCUUCCUCUAAGUAUCUGUCGCUCUGCCAGCACAUCAGACAGCACGGAUACUACAGCACUGCAUGUACAGUACACAGCGAAACGCCGCCUGGAAAGUCUUCUGAGUCCACACCAGCCGAGCCUGAACCAGAUACGGGCCGCCCUGUCCACGAAGCAGAACAGCUGUACUAGAGGUGGAGUCAUGAAGCUGCUGGUAUUUGCAAAGGUGUUCUCAGCCUGUGGAAAUAACUCAGCCAAAUAUCAGCUGGCAUGGACAGAACAUGAGCCUCCAUUACACAUGGAGCAGGUGACCGGAGACACUGACCGACUGACUGACUGGUAACCAGUCAGAACACACCAGCAGACUCAGCUUACUGAUCUGCUGUGGAAACAGGCAGCCGUUUCUCAUACGUGUGAACAUCCGUAAACACUGAAUUACAGGCGGUGAGGUUUAUUUUUUUCAGAAGUAUUUUUAUUGGAGAUGUAGGUACAAAUACAGUAUCCAAUAGUAACAAAUAUCUCCACAUUUUAUAGUUUUAGAAGAAAUGCAAAACAGACAGAACAGACAAAACAACAGAUGAACCCCCGUGCCUGAGGAGUAUGGGAAAAUAAAAUGACAA